UAUAUUUAUUUAUGUAAAACAAUAAUAUAUUACUAUUACUAUUAUUGUUGUGUUAUACUACUUUCCCAAAAGGAGGAAAAAGGAAGAGAGCCGCAGUGGAAAUGGCUGCUGCUUCAGCUUCUGCUGCUGCUGCUGCUAAUUCGUCUGCUGCUCUUUGAACUCGGGCGCGAUUUUAUUCAGCUUUUCCCCAUCUCGAUCAACUCGAUCCCCUCCCCUCUCCCCCCUCUUAUUUCGGUGAACGAAAGAAAAAGGAAAAAAAACUCUAUAAUUAGCAUCAUCAUCAUCAUCAUCGGGCUUUGGUGAAUGGAGGAUCUGUACAGCAUACACCCGGGGAUCUCGCGCGGCGCCGGCGAGCUCGACGGGGACCACCACCACCACCGCCGCCGCCGCCGCGGCGUCGCCGGCGAUGCGUCGGAGAUCUCCGGUGGAAGCGGCGGCGCGUCGGAUCUGAACGACAUGAUCAAGGCUCAGAUCGCCAGCCACCCCCGCUACCCUUCCUUGGUCUCCGCCUACAUCGACUGCCGCAAGGUGGGGGCGCCGCUGGAGGUGGCGACGCUGCUGGAGGAGAUCGGGCGGGAGCGUAGUUCCAGCGCGGCGAGCUGCGACGGCGGCGAGAUCGGGGCCGAUCCCGAGCUCGACGAGUUCAUGGAUUCGUAUUGCCGAGUCCUCGUUCGGUACAAGGAGGAGCUCUCGAAGCCCUUCGACGAGGCCGCUUCUUUCCUCAGCAGCAUCGAGAUGCAGCUUAGCAACCUCUGCACCACCACCACCACCACCACCACCACCAUCUCCUCCGCCGCUCCAUCCGACGAAGUGGUGGGUUCCUCUGAGGAAGAGCUAUGCUCUGCAGAUGCUGAACCAUCGGACGGCUACCACGAGUAUGGCUCGAGUUCACGCUUGGCUGACCACGAGCUGAAGGAAAUGCUUCUGAAGAAAUACAGUGGAUACUUGAGCAGCCUUAGGAAGGAGUUCCUGAAAAAGAGGAAGAAAGGGAAGCUCCCAAAGGAUGCGCGAACUACAUUGCUCGACUGGUGGAACACACAUUACCGCUGGCCUUACCCCACGGAAGAGGAUAAGGUGAAGCUGGCGGAGAAGACGGGGCUCGACCCGAAGCAGAUAAACAAUUGGUUCAUAAACCAGAGGAAGAGGCACUGGAAACCUUCGGAGGACAUGCGCUUUGCUCUCAUGGAAGGUGUCGCAGGAGGGUCCAGCGGGACAAUGAUCUACUUCGACACUGGCACCGUCGGCCCAUGAUAAUUAGUUUUGAGUAAAGCCUCUUUUACUUUAUCUAACAUACAUAAUAUAAAGCUGUUUUCAUUAACUACUACCAUUUUGAUGGUCGAACGAUAUUUGUAUAUGGCCAUAUGACAUGCUACUGUGUCAAUUGAUGACUGAAUGAGGUUCAACAGUUAGAUCUUAUUAUGUUAAUUUGUUGUAAAAGAUUCUUCUUCUUGUUUUGUCAAUAUGUACUUUUCAUAUUUA